AAUCUUCACAUGUUGACAGAUCUGUAUCUGCUGAUGAUAGUGAACUCAAUGUUGAAUUAUUGAUCAAGAACUUAGAGAACAUGAUAAUGAAGAAAUUGUCUAUAUCAUGUGUAACUGAGUCUUCUACACUCUCUUCUGCCUCUUCUGCUGCUUCUUUCUCUGCUGCUUCCUCUCAAUCUUCUACACUUGUCUCUGUGUCUGGUUCUCUCACUUCUGCUACUCCUGUUCCCGCAACCUCUACUCCUGCUACUUCUGCUCUUACUACUGCCUUCAUUACUAGCUCUCUUUAUUUCAAGAAGAUGUUAUAUAGGCUCAGUGAAUUACAUUUCUCAAGAAUCACUCUCUCUCUCAACAGUGUUAAGAUU